GAGGCCCGCGGGCGGCGGCGCAGGAGGAAGCGGAGGAGGACCCGCGCGCGGGGCCCGGGAGACAGGCAGAGCAGCGCCGCCGCCGCCGCAGCCCGGGGCUCGCCAUGCUCCUGGCCUCGGCCGUGGUGGUCUGGGAAUGGCUGAACGAGCACGGCCGCUGGCGUCCCUACAGCCCGGCCGUGAGCCACCACAUCGAGGCGGUGGUCCGCGCCGGGCCCCGCGCGGGGGGCAGCGUGGUGCUGGGCCAGGUGGACAGCCGUCUCGCGCCCUACAUCAUCGACCUGCAGUCCAUGAACCAGUUCCGCCAGGACACGGGGACGCUCCGUCCGGUUCGCCGCAACUACUACGAUCCGUCCUCGGCCCCCGGCAAGGGCGUGGUGUGGGAGUGGGAGAAUGACAACGGUUCUUGGACGCCCUAUGACAUGGAAGUGGGCAUCACCAUCCAGCACGCCUAUGAGAAGCAGCACCCCUGGAUCGACCUCACUUCCAUCGGCUUUAGCUACGUCAUUGACUUCAGCACCAUGGGCCAGAUCAACCGGCAGACCCAGCGCCAACGCCGCGUCCGUCGGCGCCUGGAUCUCAUCUACCCGAUGGUCACCGGCACCUUGCCGAAGGCCCAGUCCUGGCCGGCCAGCCCCGCAUUGGCCGCCUCGCCCGCGGCCCCGCCCUGUUCCUGCCCGCAGUGCGUCCUGGUGAUGAGCGUCAAGGCCGCCGUGGCCAAUGGGAGCACCGGUCCGCUGCAGCCCCCAGCCGCCCGCAAGAACAUGCCCCCAUCUGGAGCCGUCAAGCUGCCCCCACCACCGGGCCCUGGGGCCAAGCCACUGGACAGCACGGGCACCGUCCGAGGCCCGAUGAAGACUGUCCCAUCGCAGGCGAUCCGGCGACAGGCCUCCAGCACGCCCGCAGGGGUGACCGUGGGUUCUCCCGCCAGUCCCCUCGGAGCCAACAGCAAGACCGGAAGGGUGGCCCUGGCGACCUUAAAUCGGACCAACCUGCAGCGACUGGCCAUUGCCCAGUCCCGGGUGCUGAUCGCCUCUGGGGUCCCCACUGUCCCAGUGAAAAACCUAAAUGGGACCAGUCCUGUGAACCCUGCCUUGGCAGGAAUCACUGGGAUUCUCAUGAGCGCUGCGGGGCUGCCUGUGUGUCUCACCAGGCCCCCGAAGCUGGUCCUCCACCCACCCCCGGUGAGCAAGAGUGAAAUCAAAUCCAUCCCAGGGGUUUCCAACACGAGCCGCAAGACGACCAAAAAGCAAGCCAAGAAAGGUAAAACCCCAGAAGAAGUGUUGAAGAAGUACUUGCAGAAAGUCCGGCAUCCCCCCGAAGAGGACUGCACCAUCUGCAUGGAGCGCCUCACGGCCCCCUCAGGCUACAAGGGCCUACAGCCAACGGUCAAGCCUGAGCUGGUGGGCAAGCUGUCCAGAUGCGGCCAUAUCUACCACAUCUACUGCCUGGUCGCCAUGUACAACAACGGCAACAAGGAUGGGAGUCUGCAGUGCCCAACCUGUAAGACCAUCUAUGGAGUGAAGACAGGCACUCAGCCCCCGGGGAAGAUGGAGUACCACCUCAUCCCUCACUCCCUGCCUGGCCACCCCGACUGCAAGACCAUCCGGAUCAUCUACAGCAUUCCUCCCGGCAUUCAGGGGCCAGAACACCCAAAUCCCGGGAAGAGUUUCAGCGCCCGUGGCUUCCCACGACACUGCUACCUUCCAGACAGCGAGAAAGGGAGAAAAGUGCUGAAGCUGCUGCUUGUGGCCUGGGAUCGCCGCCUCAUCUUUGCCAUUGGUACCUCCAGCACCACGGGCGAGUCAGACACCGUGAUCUGGAAUGAGGUCCACCACAAGACAGAGUUCGGCUCUAAUCUCACAGGUCACGGCUACCCGGAUGCCAAUUACCUGGAUAACGUGUUGGCUGAACUGGCUGCCCAGGGCAUUUCUGAGGACAGCACUGCUCAGGAGAAGGACUGAGCUGGGGUGGGGUUGGGGGGUCUUUGGGCUAGGAGGGGCCAUGGGGACCACAGGGCAGGAAGUGGGAGAGUCAAGGUGGAAGUUGAUGCCAUGCCCUCCCGACUCCCUCAUCUCCCCUUCUGUCCUGUCCCCAUCCCCCAUCCCUCCUGGCCACAGUGGGGGAGGGAGAUUGAGUAAGGUGACGUCAUUCAUAACCCUCAUCCUCCGCAAAGGAAACAUGGGAUGAGGGCCAUCCUCAGUCUGUUCCCAUGGAGUUUUUGGUGCUGGGUAGGCAAGAACCCCCCACCCCCCUAAGCAGGGGGCAUGGUCAGCACACUUAGGGUAUGGACAGUGCAAGGGCACUCUGUACCCGGGCCUUGUGAAGCCUGAGGUUCAGUACCUUAGCUGGCUUCUUGCUGCUUCCACUCUCCUUUGAGAGCGGAGUUUCUGCUUUUCUCUCCUCCUCUGGAGGCGAGGAGCUCUCACUGUGCACGAUUGGGGGGAAAGGGGUGAACCACUAAAUUGCUGUGACAUCAGAAAUCAAUGCUUCGUUGUACAGCAAGGAAGCACUUCCCGCCAAGAGGGU